CUUCCGACCCCAUGGCAACUCUGGGCGAUGGUGUGCCACAAUUCGUGAAUAACAUGUCAGCGGCGAUUUGGGAGUAUAAAGAGCGACUGGUUUUAGAGUGGUGCGGCAACAGCACCUCCCUGUCGAACACCCAAGGUCUUGGUGCUAUGGGUCUCGCUUCCACUGUCUCGCUCGCCCUCCUCGGCCUCUGCUCGCUCGCCCGUGCUCAGACGAGCGCGGCGGACGCGUAUGUUUCGGCGGAGUCGCCUAUUGCGCAGGCGGGCAUCUUGGCCAACAUCGGCCCCAGCGGCUCGAAGUCUCACGGUGCUGCCUCCGGUGUCAUCAUCGCAUCCCCCUCGACGUCGAACCCGGAUUACCUGUACACCUGGACGCGCGACGCUGCUCUCGUUUCUCGCGCUCUCGUCGAUGAGUUCAUCGAGGGCGAGUCGAGCCUGCAGUCGGUCAUCGACUCGUAUGUCAGCUCGCAGCAGAAGCUGCAGCGCGUCGACAACCCCUCUGGCUCGUACACCAGCGGCGGCCUCGGCGAGCCCAAGUUCAACAUCGACCUGACUGCCUUCACUGGCGCUUGGGGACGCCCUCAGCGCGAUGGCCCGGCUCUGCGUGCUAUCACCCUCAUCACCUACGGGAAUCAUCUGCUUAGCUCCGGCAACACCUCAUACGUCACGGACACUAUCUGGCCAGUCGUGAAGGCUGACCUGGACUACGUCGUCUCGUACUGGAACCAGACUGGCUUCGACCUCUGGGAAGAGGUCAGCUCCUCGUCGUUCUUCACGACUGCCGAGCAGCACACCGCCCUCCGCCUCGGUGCCACCUUCGCCACCGCCGUCGGCGCCUCCGCGUCCACCUACUUGACGCAGGCCGACAACGUGCUCUGCUUCCUGCAGUCGUACUGGAACAGCAACGGCGGCUAUGCGACGGCCAACACCGGCGGCGGCCGCUCUGGCAUCGACGCCAACACGGUCCUCACUAGCAUUCACACCUUCGACAUCGAAGCCGGCUGCGACUCGGUCACCUUCCAGCCCUGCUCUGACCGCGCGCUGUCUAAUCUGAAGGUUUACGUCGACUCGUUCCGCGGGCUUUACUCCAUCAACCCCACCGGUGCCACCGACCCUAUCCUCACCGGCCGCUACAAGGAGGACGUGUACUACAAUGGAAAUCCUUGGUACCUCACCACCUUCGCCGUCGCCGAGCAGCUCUACGACGCGCUCAAUACCUGGGACAAGCUCGGCUCGCUCGACGUCACCAGCACCUCCCUCGCCUUCUUCAAGCAGUUCGACUCCUCCAUCACCGCCGGCACCUACGCGUCCUCCACCUCCGAGUAUGCCACCCUCACCUCUGCGAUCCGCAACUGGGCCGACGGCUUCCUCGAGGUUCUCGCCGACUUCACGCCUGCGGACGGCGGCCUGACGGAGCAGAUCGACAAGUCGAGUGGGAAUCCCACUUCGGCAGCGGACCUCACCUGGAGCUACGCGUCCGCCAUCACCGCGUUCAAGGCCCGCGGCGGGGCGAUUCCGGCAAGCUGGGGCGCGGCGGGCCUCACUGUGCCCGCGACGUGCAGCACGGGCGGGGGCGGGGGCAGCGGCGGUGACACGGUCGCUGUCACGCUCAACGUCCAGGCUACCACUGUCUACGGCGAGAACAUCUACGUGACCGGCAGCGUCAACCAGCUCGCCAACUGGUCCCCGGAUAACGCCAUCGCGCUCAAUGCUGACAACUACCCGACCUGGAGUGUGACCGUCAACCUGCCCGCCAACACCCAGAUCGAGUACAAGUACAUCCGCAAGAACAACGGGCAGGUUACGUGGGAGUCCGACCCCAACAGGAGCAUCACUACCUCCGCGUCGGGCUCCUUCACUCAGAAUGACACCUGGCGCUAAUUGGCGGCAGGCCUUGUGGGGCGAAAAUGACUGCCAUACAUGGACAGCGGCACGUCAGUGAUUUGAAGUGUAAAGUAUGUACUGUAACUACUUCUCGGGUUCUGUACUGUACACAAUGGGAUUCCUUGCAUUUGCAACA